GUAAUUUUAAGCAGAACCAGUUCAGCUGUGAAAUAAUCAUUAUUUACUAAUAACUGUGUCAUACUUGUGGAAUUAACUAUGAAAAACUGUGACAAAAGAGUUACCUCUACAGUUUACAAUUUCAGCAAAAUUGGCUUUGCUCCUAAUGUGUGUUUUCUUAGCAGGAAUCUUGUCAGUGAACAGGAUCCACCCUAAAGGUCUACAUUGACAUAUAGCCUAAUAACUGGGAUAGGCACAGGCAAGGAAAAUGUGCCCAGAGCCUGGGUGUUAAACAAAAUCAGGCAGGCACAAGAAAAUUCAACAAGACGUUUGGAGAAGUUUCAGUACAUGUGUAGUAUGUAUCCAUGGGCUCCUAUUAAGUUUUGGUGUGACAGAAAAACUUUUACAACUGUAUGUAAUAUCUGUAUGAAUAUUUGUAUUUUAUAGUUUAGUUUGGGAGACAGACAUAACACAUUAAGUUUAGUUUCUUUUCCCACACACGCUCAAGUGUUCAUGCUGUUGGGUCUACUUACCUGUUUGUCAUGACAAGCUGUGGUCCUCCUCGCGGCUCAGGCGCGCCAGCCCGGUGCGCUCUCCUGUCCGCAUCACGCGGCGCUAUAAAAGAGCUCGCGGCGCAGCGGGAGGCGCAGUGCAGCGCAGUGUUGGCGGAGACUCGUUGCCCGUCCGGUCGACACCGCAGGACAGCAGGCUGGUUUUGCUGAAGCCGUUUGACUUUCAACUCCUAUCAAAAACCCACUGCCCACCAAGCAUCUGCAGCAACAUGAGAGAGUGCAUCUCCAUCCACGUAGGCCAGGCAGGUGUGCAGACGGGAAACGCCUGCUGGGAGCUCUUCUGUCUGGAGCAUGGCAUCGGGCCUGAUGGCGUGUUUCUGGAAGGUCCUGUAGAACCAAACUCUCGUGAGGAUCCGUUCAACACUUUUUUCAACACUGGAAGCUCUGGGCGUCAUGUUCCAAGAGCUAUAUAUGUAGACCUGGAGCCUACAGUGGUCGAUGAGGUCAGGGUUGGAAAAUACAGGGAGCUCUUCCACCCUGAGCAGCUAAUCUCUGGAAAGGAGGAUGCAGCCAACAACUAUGCCCGUGGCCAUUACACUGUUGGGAAAGAAAUCAUUGACGGGGUCUUGGAGCGUGUCCGUAAAAUGACUGACCAGUGCACAGGUCUGCAAGGAUUCCUUGUCUUUCACAGUUUUGGAGGGGGGACAGGCUCUGGCUUCACCUCUCUGCUGAUGGAGCGCCUGUCUGUCGACUACGGCAAGAAAUCCAAGCUGGAGUUCGCUGUCUAUCCGGCUCCCCAGGUGUCCACUGCUGUGGUGGAGCCCUACAACUCCAUCCUGACCACCCACACCACCCUGGAGCACUCUGACUGCGCCUUCAUGGUGGACAACGAGGCUAUCUAUGACAUCUGCCGCCGUAACAUGGACAUUGAGAGUCCUAGUUACACCAACCUCAACAGACUGAUUGGUCAAAUUGUCUCCUCAAUCACUGCCUCCCUUCGUUUCGAUGGCGCCCUCAAUGUCGAUUUGAUGGAGUUCCAGACCAACUUGGUCCCAUUUCCGCGGAUCCAUUUCCCGCUUGUUACCUACUCGCCCAUCAUCUCUGCUGAGAAGGCUUACCAUGAGCAGCUGACUGUCGCUGAGAUCACGAGCGCUUGCUUUGAGCCAACCAAUCAGAUGGUAAAGUGUGAUCCUCGUCACGGCAAGUACAUGGCUUGCUGUGUGCUCUACCGAGGUGAUGUUGUCCCUAAGGAUGUAAAUGCAGCUAUUGCAAAUAUAAAGACCAGGCGCUCCAUUCAGUUUGUUGACUGGUGCCCCACUGGGUUUAAGGUAGGCAUUAAUUACCAGCCUCCGACUGCAGUUCCCGGCGGUGACCUGGCCAAAGUCCAGAGGGCUGUGUGCAUGCUGAGCAACACCACUGCCAUUGCUGAGGCCUGGGCUCGCCUUGACCACAAGUUUGAUCUGAUGUACGCGAAGCGUGCUUUUGUUCACUGGUAUGUGGGUGAAGGCAUGGAGGAGGGAGAGUUUGCCGAGGCCAGAGAGGACCUGGCAUGUCUUGAAAAGGAUUACGAGGAGCUGGGUCAAAUGAGCCCCGAAUCUGAGGAUGAUGAAGCGGGCCAAGAAUACUGAAUUCUAAAUCCCAGGGGCUGUGUUAGCUACACUGCCGUUAUCUUAUCCUGCAUUAACGGCUAUUUCCUAAAUAUAUUGUGUAUCUUUUAACCUUGAGAAAAUCACUUUGAGUAUCUCUCUCAUUACAUUGCUUGUAUCACAUUAAUUUUGAAUUUUAAUUUGAAUUAUGUGCUGCUGAAUAAAACUUUU